AGCCUCUGCAGUUUAAGUAUUUCCUGUACAAACUGGUUUAUUCUGGUAAUAUGAAUAACAACCUGCACCAGUACAAUAGGUUCUGCCACCUGCUUUGGAGGGGAGCUUUGCUGUAAGCAUAAAGCAUCCCGUACAAAGUAAUUUCAGGUUUCAGGUAACAAUAGUAGUGAGGAAAACCUGUCUUACAACCAAUACAUACAAUGUACUAUUGGUCAAGAGAAUACAGUUAUUUCUUGUUUCAGUAAAGAGUGAUACAAAUACCCUAUCCAAAUAAAGUGAAUUAGAAUACAGAAUUUAUGUAAAAGAAUUGCUGAUUCUACAUGCAGAAGCUUUGGAUAACUGUUGUUUGCAAACCAGCAAGACACAUAAAUAAAUAUUAAGGAACAAUUGCUAAAAUUAUUUAUGUUUCUGUCUUUACAAGAUGGCAAAAGGGUCUAUAAAUACUAUGAAACACAGUUUUACCAGUUUAAGGAGUGCAUAAUAAAGGUCAGUUAUAGUUCCAAUUCUUUAGAUUAGACUGCUGAUGUAGAGAAAAUAAAUUACAUGCACACGAUUUGACAGCACAGAGUUAAGAAUCUUCAUGUUCUGAAUUUAACCACUUAAAAACCUAAUCUGCUUAGAAGAAACAACUUAUAUAAUUAUGGACACAGAGCUUAGAUAAGGAAGCAGCUCAUACUAUUAUUCUUAGUCCAUUACGUGUUUCUUCCACUUCAUAAUGUCUUUGCAAGAUUCCAGACUGUUCAGUCAAUGGCUCUUAAUUUCACUGAUUCACUCUGACCUAUCACCAGAUGUCUUGUUUUCUGAAUUUGUGAUAGGAACUGGGCUCAGGCAGUGAAAACUUUCAGUGACAGCCUGACCCCCUGCUCCCAGUGCCUGUUCUUAGCCUGCCUCCCCGUACUCAGGAAUCCACUCCUGGUUGGAGCAGCCAUAUGGUUGAGUUGGCACAGGCUCAACAUCGGCAUCAGAAACUGCAAAGACAAAAUCCCAGCAAGGACAGACUCGUCAAGGACUUAAACUAAUAAACUCAAGGAAUUUCUACUGAGCCUAUGCACAGUGAAAUGUUUUCAAAGCUGUAUUUCCAGAGAAACAGUAUUGCUGGCACAAAAGCAGCUCAUCUCUAAAGGCCCCGUCCAGAAUGGAGAUUCACCCAAACAUUCUCAGAUCGCAGCCAGCCCUGGCCAAGCAAUGUGUGUCUUCUUCCUGCAGUCUCACACACACAUGGCAGUGGGUUUUGGUCAAUAUGUAUUGAAAAUAAGACUUUAGCUGCACAUGGAAAAUGUGUUUUAACGUCAAACCAAAUUUUUAAGUCUGAAAAGUUUUAAGGAAAUACUUUAGAAAGUGUAACUGAUGUUUCAACUACGCACCUGGCAGGGUUUGCUGCCAGUCCAGCUGGUGAUGGUGAUAGUUGGUCAAAAUUAGCUCUAGCCCUUAAUAAAGGAUAAUUUAAUAAAGGAUAAUUCUUCCUAUGGGAGACAAUGCAGAGGAUUUAACUGAGUUUUAUUUAUCCCAGAAACUCGACAAGCUGGUGUUAUUCCACUUAAAUAAUUUGGAACAAAGCAUUUGCAAAUAUUGCAAAUAUUCUUUGAAAUUUAUUUUAACUUGAACUCAGGUUGGUUUUGAGCAAUUCAUCACACAGAUUUCUAAUGUGCUACUUUACUCACAGAAAAUUCAGUUUGUGCUCAGAACUGCUGGAAUUGGAUAGUGUGCCAUGUUUUCUGUAAGUAUUCUAUUAUCACAUUUGGGUUAAAUGAAUCCAUAACGUUGUGGGUGCCCAUCCCUGGAAAUGUUCGAGGCCAGGUUGGAUGGGGCUUUGAGCAGCCUGGGAUAGUGGAAGGUGCCCCUGUCAUGAGAUGAUAUUUAAGGUCCCUUCCCUCCCCAUGGUUUCCUCACCCAAACCCUUCUGUGAUUCCCAGAUCCAGGAGAAGCAGGGUUCAUUGUGUGCUACGUCCUUACCCACUUCUGGGUGUUCCCAGUGCCCCAGCACUGCCUGCUCAGUGCGGGUUCCAGUACUUCAAAAAGCACCUGUGGGAGCUUUUAUGGUACCACGGAAAUGAGUGGUGGCUGGGAGCAGUCUCUCACAGCAGCACCCCUGUUCUAAAACGGAUUUGGAAAUUAUUGAGCUGUUGCUCCAGACAAAAGCAUCCAGGAGGCAGGCUGAGGGAUAGGAAAGCAGCCGGGCUUCUAGGCCAUGCAGAGCGCAAUUAAUGUACUGCCAUGUCUCAGCCUAUGGGUUGUGCUGAAUCAGACCUUGGGAAUACACAUCCGCUGGCGCAAAACUCUGAAAGUAAAUUCUAACAGUGUGUUAUCGCUUAAAACUGCUAAACCGAUGACCGCGGGAGGAGCCGUAACGAGAGGAGCUGAGGGGAGGUGAGCGAAGAGAGGCUGGGGAAGAGACGGGGGGAGUGACCGGAGGAGCGGCCGGCAAAGGGGCGGGAGAAGCGGCCGGAGGGGCCGGGUGCGAGCGGGCGGAGGCGGGACCGGGCCGGGAAGGGGCGGCCCCGGGGGCGGUGCCGGAUCGAGCGCUCGGUGCCGGAUCGAGCGCUCGGCGCUCCCGGGAGGCGCCGCCGCGAUCGCGCCGUGCCCCAGCGCGGCCAUGGCCGGCUUCAUCAACUUCGCGGACGAGGAGGAGGUGCGCGCGUACCUGGAGAACCUGCACGUGGAGUACAGCUACCAGUGCUUCAAGGAGAAGGACCCGGACGGCUGCCAGCGCUUCGCCGAUUACCUGGACGCCGUGAGGAAGGACUUCGUGGCGGCGGCGCGGGUGCUGCGCGACAACUGCGAGGCGCACGGGCACAGCGAGAGCUGCUACAAACUGGGCGCCUACCAGGCCCUCGGCAAAGGUGGACUCAACCCAGAUUUGAAAGCUGCCUACAAAUCUUUCAUCAAGUCAUGUGAGAAAGGUGGGAAGAAGUCACCAAAUGCAUGUCACAGCGCUGGGCUGCUGGCCCUGGACGGGAGAGCCAACAAUGAUCAGCCUGACCCUGUUGCUGCUAGAGACUACUACACAAAAGCCUGUGAUAGCAAUUUUGCUCCCAGCUGCUUCAACCUGAGUGUGAUAUACCUGCAGGGAGCACCUGGGGUCCCCAAGGACAUGAGCCAUGCCUUGAAGUACUCACUGAAAGGCUGUGAGCUGGGGCACGUGUGGGCUUGUGCCAACGCCAGCCGCAUGUACAAACUGGGAGAUGGAGUUGAGAAGAAUGAUGCCAAGGCAGAGGAUCUGAAAAACAGGGCAAAACAGUUGCAUAAAGAACAGAAAGAAGCUGCAAGUUCUCUAACGUUUGGGGAGUAAAACUGGCAGUUGUAGAUAUUAAGACUGGUUUUUAAAUGGCAAGUGAACGUGUUAUUUAAAUUGUGAGCGUACAGUUUUCAUUUAAAUAAAUAUUCUGUACUUGGAUGUGCAAAUAAAAUUAUAUUUUUGUGGAUACAACA